GGGUAUCGCGGGAUCGACGUUCUAGGCGUAACCGCUCGUGCUCGACUGAUAGGGGUGGGGGAUCUCCGUGUUGUUCGCUGCCAUCAAUUCGAGUAUAAUAUCACCCGUUGGUCGCUUCGAUAGGGAGGCCAGUUUCUCGAAAUUAGGAUGCCAAACGAAUCAACGCUCGAUGCAUCAUGAACGAAGAUCUCACCAAGAACCAUCUGCCUGAGACAAAGGGCGACGAGGGGUCCAAGAAGGAUCCUCACCUCGCGGCUGAAGUCUACCCUCCUUCGCUCGGUGCGGGUGUCGAGUCUGCUGAUGCGAUCGCCUUGGCGGAGUCCAUCAAUCAUCGUCGUCUGAACGCACGUCAGAUACAACUGACAGCCAUCGCUGGAUCCAUCGGAGCCGCAUUGUUUGUCGCCAUCGGUUCCGGAGUCCGGUCGGGGCCCCUGGCUCUCCUGAUUGCCUUUCUGUUUUGGGCCACCGUCGUCUUUUCUGUAGCGCAAUGUCAAAUGGAAAUCGUCGCUCUUUUUCCUUACGACGGAUCAUUCAUCAGGCUUGCUGGGCGCAUGGUCGAUCCGGCUCUUGGUGUCGCGGUCGGCUGGAAUCAUUUCUUUGCGCAAACCUCCUAUGUGAUUUUCGAGGCCACCGUGAUCAACACCUUGGUCGAAUACUGGGGUUAUGACCAGAACCCUGCCAUUCUUAUCACGAUCUCGCUUGUUCUUUACCUGGCAAUCAACGUGUACCGAGCGGAUCUCUUCGGCGAAGUAGAAUUCUGGCUCGCGCUUGGUAAGGUCCUUCUCGCCACAGGACUCAUAUUAUAUACGUUCAUCACGAUGGUAGGCGGGAAUCCGCUACACGACAAAUAUGGGUUUCGCUACUGGAAGGAUCCGGGUGUUUGGGCAGGAAAAGAUGCUUCGGGAAGGUUGCAGUCUUUUAUCAAUGCUGUUAACGUCGCUGGAUUCUGCAUGGGUGGACCCGAAUACAUUCCUUCAACGCUUUUGUCUCAUACGGGACAGUCUAUGAUCGCCGGUGAAGCCAAAGAUCCCCGUCGGACCGUACCUAGAGCUUUUCGAACGAUCAUGACUAGGUUGAUUGUCUUCUUCAUUGGGGGUGCCCUCUGCGUCGGAAUUUUGGUGCCUUACAACGAUGUCACGCUCACCGGAGGUAGCGAUACCUAUGCUGGCGGAUCUCCUUAUGUCAUCUCCAUGCAACGUCUUAACAUACCCGUACUCCCUUCUAUCGUCACUGCGGCUUUGUUGACCACCAUCGUAUCGGCAGGCAACGCUGAGCCUUCACGCGCUUGCGCUGGAUGGCAAGGCGCCCAAGUCCUGAAACGGCUCAACAAACGUGGUGUCCCUUAUCUUGCCGUCAUCACUGUCAUGACGCUUUCUUGUCUCGCGUAUCUAGCCUUAGGAUCGAGCAGCAAGAAGGUCUUGAACUGGAUCCUCAACUUCUGCACGGCUGCGACCAUGCUCAAUUGGUGCGUCAUGGCUAUCACUUGGGUUCGCUUCAACAGGGCGAUGCGCGUGCAAGGCAUCGACAGGAAAGAUUUUCUGCCAUCGCCCUCUCGCUUCCAACCGUAUGCUGGCUAUUGGGCGUUGUUCUGGGCCAGCAUCUUUCUCUGGGUCCAGGGAUAUGCCGUAUUCCUCAACGGCAACUGGAACGUCGCCACUUUCAUCUUCAAUUACGGAAUUAUUGCCUUGGCGGGCGGCAUCGGUCUUGGAUUCAAGAUCUUCGGCAAGACGCCUUUUCGCCGUAGCGUCGACGUGGAUCUGUCUACCGACCUAGACUUUUUCGAAGCUUUGAACGACCAUUAUCGUACCGAAGAGGAGACGACGCCCAAGACUCUGCCCGACAGGAUCAUGGCUAAGGUUUUUUAAAACGAGGGCAAGACUGCCAUAUCUUAAGAGUGUGCUAAGGAGGAUUUCCUGGUCGUGCCGAUGUUUGUAUCAUCUGUCUAUGUACUUGCGCCUGAGUAUUCGAAUCGUCUGACAUUGCUCGUUGGCAAUU